GAUUUUCUCGAUUUUAUUAAUCAAAAGUCUAUUAUACGAUAGUUGGAAAAUCAUAUAAGAAUCAGGGUAACUCUAAGCGAUUUUCCUCUAUAGAUUCAGAGAUUUGAGCUGCAUAAUCAACCCGUGUGUUAGUUUCUUGCUAAAUAAAUUUUCCAAGUACCGAAUUGAGCUCUCAUAUACGAAAAUUCAGUUGGAUUUCCCAUAGUUUAUUCAAGUUUCAAUUCAAUUCAAAUUUAUUUUAUUUUCCCAUUUUAAUUUUUUGAAAAACAGUUUUGUAGAAGCUGCAAUGAAACUCAACCUGAUCUUUCUUUCGGUGGUCUUGGUUAUGCAAUAUGAGUGGUUGGGAGUGAAUUGUGGCUGUGAGAACAUCGAUAGCCUUAACUAAUUCAUUUGCUAGGAAGCAUUCAAAGCGAAGACUCAAGGAGGCAAAGCGGCAGUUUUGGUGAUCAAGUGUGUUGCUGAACAAAAUGAUGAGAUGCAGAGAGAUAAUACAAAGGAGAUGGAGGAGCAAUGUGGUAAGCAUAACAAACCUUGUUAUCAGAAUGACUUUGGAAAUGCACCUAUACCAGAAACAUUCAAACCUUUGAACUUUGAUGUUUGCCCUUCUUUUUUUCUUUUCAAAGAUGGCAAAGAGAUCAAAAGGGUGAGCCAUACAUUGGAACCAAAGACUUAUGAGCACAUCGAUUCUCUGUGUGCCUAUAAAGUAUAAGUCCAUAUUAAUUUAUCAUGAUAAUUAUCAAACUCAGAUUCAUAUUUUUUGUAUUAUCGUAUACAUUCAAUAUUUGUCAAGGCAUUCAAUAUUGUUAUCAUUAGUUGGUUUCAGGAUUGUUGUUUUCGAUUAUUAUAUACUAUUAUCAUGAUAUAAAAUACAUUAUAUUUGUGUGAGUCCAUUGAAAAAAAAUUGAAUAAAGAUCAUAAAUA